ACAGCUAUAAAUACACCUGUUCUUCUUCACUUGAUCGAUCGUCUCCUCCUCCUCCUCUCUGCUCAAGCAAACACAUUCGUCAUCGUCAUCCAGCCAGCAUCAAGCUAGAUCGCCGGAAUCCAUGGCCGAUAGCUCGUCGCCGCCGCUGCCGCCGCCGUCCUUCCUUGGCUAUCUCAACCACUACUCCGGCGGCUUCCCGGCGCCGGCAUACGGAAUGGGAGGUCGCGGCGAGCUUGUGAUGACGGUGAGCGGCGGCGGGUCGCCGGAGAACGCCGUGGUGUGGACGACGGUCGCCGAGCCGGGGCACUGGUUCUACGUGCCACCGUCGGGACAGUAUGGCGGCGCUAUCAUGAUCAAUUCUGCGGCGGUGACUGGUGACGCCACCGGCAUCACCGGUACUGGCAUUGGCACCGGCGUGUUCAUACCGGAGCGGCCUCGCAUCCGCAGGAUGAAGCAUCCAAUCAAUUGGGUCCCCUUGGUGCCCGAUAGAGGUGGCAAUGGCAGGAAGCCUGAACUGAAGACUGCAAAUGCAAGCAAGGGCAAAGGGAUACAAAUGAGCUAUGCUGCUGCUGUGAAGACUGCAGGUCCAAGCCAUGAAGCUGUGAGGGCAAAUCAAAGCAAGAAGGGACACAAGUUUUCACGGCAGAAGAAGAGUGCGGCAACGGCGGCGGUGGAAGCGCCGGCACCGGAGAAGGAGGAGGCAACGGCUACUACGGUGGAGGACAUCCCGGAGCUGGCGCUGCUGCCGGAAGAAUGGGUCUACUGAUCGACCAAAUAAUCUCUCCCAAUGAUCACUAGAUGAUGGUGAAUAAGAGCUAGAGCCAUUGUUUGAUGCAUUUGAUUUCUGUCAUUGGUGUACUUGUUUUGCUAGACAAGUAAACAUGAAUAAAUGGUGAUGGAUAAUAAGCAUCCAGAAUAUAUGGAUCAAAAUUCAAAA